CCGUAAAGCACAGGAACCAAUGGGUUGUACUAACUCUAAGUCAGCCAUCAAACUGACCGACGAAGACGUGGAGUUUCUUAGAAAGAAUACUAAUUAUACUGAGAAAGAGAUCCGCGACUGGUAUAAGGGUUUUCAGGUGGACUGUCCCGACGGGAAGCUCUCCAAAGAGAAAUUCAUGGAAAUAUAUCAGGGAUUCUUCAAAGGAGGCAAUCCCGAGAAGUUCUGUCAAAACGUCUACAGGACUUUCGAUGAGGACGGCAAUGGAUGGAUCGACUUCAAGGAGUUUCUGUUGGCUAUCGGCAUCACCACCAGUACUAACCAGCGCGAGAAGCUUAAGUGGGCCUUCAAAAUGUAUGACAUCAAUAAUGAUGGGACCAUAGAAUUGGAUGAAAUGACUAAAAUUAUUAAAGCUCUGCACGAAAUGCUGGGCGAAGAGGCAAACGAGGCCUUCGAUGGCGAAGAGGCCGCUAUGAGAGUGAAAGAUAUCUUUGAGAAAAUGGACUCAAAUAAUGACGGAAAGAUCUGUUUAGAAGAGUUCCUCGAAGUCUGUAAUAUUGACGACGGUUUAGCCAAACUGUUAAGUCUUUCGGGUGACGCCUAACAUAUGGGAACCAACUCUUCAUUCCAUAUAUUGUUUGCAAUCAUUAAUUAAUUGGAAAUAAUUUCAGCGAUACUUUCCAUUCAUUUCUAGACUUAAUGUUCACAAAGAGCUUUAUAUUAUAAAUUAUAUUAUAUUAUAUAUACAAUACAUUUAUUCUUUUUAAUUAUAUAAUAUAUAUACUGUUUUGAUGUGUUGGGAACUAAAUCAAACUAAUAUUAACUUCAUUUAAAAUAAUUGACAAAACGUUGUAAUCU